CUGUUCUUCUACCAGGGUCACUGGCUCCGGCUCGCCAUGCGCGCUUUGGCUCCGGUUCGCCAACGUUUGCGGCUGACUUCGCCGAGUCUGCUUCGCCCGUGCCGAUGCUUCGCAGACAAGCCGACGCUCAAUGAUCCGCCCAAGGUGAUGCGGCCUGGGGACAUGGUGGACACGGCCACGGUGGUCAGGAAUUGGUGGUCCUUCCCGGCGGUGGGCUUCAACUCCAUACUGGAGAUCCCGGUCCACAAGUUCGAGGUUCUCCACGGGGACGAUUUGGCGCCCGUGGGCUCCGUGGUGGUUCCGAACAGCAUCUUCGGGCUGCCCAUCCGAAAGGAUAUGAUCUACAAGGUCUACUGGUUCCAUCGCAGGAAGCUACAGGGCUACUGCGACACCAUGCAGAUGUUCAAGUGGGAGUGGCCGAAGCCCAACAAGAAGGUCCGGUCCCAGAAGAAGUCGGGCAAGAGCCGCAUGGGCCGGCGCACGGCGCCGGGCCGCUUCGAGGGCUCCCACACCCACGCGCUGAGACCCAGGGACUGGGGCAAGACGCGCUGCCCCACCCGGAUCAUCUGGCAGGCCGUGAAGUGUAUGCUCUCGGUGAAGUUCGCGCAGAACUCCAUCAAGGUGGUGGACAGCUUCAACCUGCAGUCCCACAAGACCAAGCACCUGGUGCAGCACCUGCGCCGCCUGCUAGGCCGGAAAUGUCACAGCGCGCUGCUGAUCCACGAGGGCCACCUGGACAUCAACGACAACUGCCGCUGGGCCUCCGCCCACAUCCCGGCCAUCCGCCGGGAGAACGUGGAGGGCGUGAGCGUCUACAACCUCUUGAAGUACCACGAGGUGGUGAUCACUGAGAUGGCCCUGGCGAAGCUCAUCAAAGAGAUCCAGGUCUACCCGCGGAAGAUGAAUUGGUGUCAGAAGUUCGCCACCCCCGACGGCAAGAUCGCCCCGGCGCCCCAGAAGGUCGAGGGCUGGAACCGCGCCUGGGUGGAGAAGAAGGAGCAGAUCCGGCGCUCGGAGUUCCGGGCCCGGGAGUUCUUCAGGGCGUCGCUGAAGUGGAAGUGGUCCUCGGACCUCAAGGGCCCGCUGAAGAUUCCCCAGCGCGACACCCUGGCGCACUUCCGGGUCAAGGACAUCCUGCUCAACCCAGAGAGGCCCCAGUGGGAGAAGCUUGAGAGCCUCUACAACGAUGAGGAGGAGCUGGAUGAGCCGGAGGACGAGGAGUACGAGGAGCUGCUGAGCAACUUGGACGCCCUGCGGCGGCCUACCAAUCAGCUCAUCGAUGACCCCUCGGAGGUGACCAAGAAGGGCCUGCGACAGCUGGAAGCCUCCCUGGAGGGUGGCGCCGCUGGAUGGGGCAACCGCUCCUGAGGGGAGAAAAGAUGAA